AUGCCUUGGCUGGCGGUCACUGAUACGUGGAGUGGAAUGGAGAGGUUCCCUCGGACGAAGUUAAGAAAGGCUGGGGUUGUUCUCCAGACUGCAGAUGUGCUGUCAAUUUUCCACGAUGAUGUUCCCAAGAGCGAUGCCAAUGCAUUCUCUCAUCUGAUGCGCCAUUUGAGGGAGUUUGACGGGGAUCACUCCACUCUCGCCAUGGUGCAAGUUGAGAACGAGACGGGCUUGCUCGGUGACUCGCGAGGUAGGUCGGCAGUCGUCGAAAAACAGUUCGCUCAGCCUGUGCCAGAAAAUUUGCUCCAUUUUCUCUCUAGCAAUUGGAACAGCCUUCAUGCCGACCUGAAAGGCAAUUUGGCCCACUUCAAGGCGCAGUCCAAACCGCGGGGACCCUGGGUAUUCGGUAAAGGGCCGCACACAGACGGGCUUUUCAUGGCUAACCGCUAUGCGCAUUACCUCCAUAAAGUUGCUGCAGCGUCCAACGAAGAUUAUCCUAUUCCCCUAUACACGAAUGAGUGGCAGAACUAUGUAGGAUCCGAUGGCGAUAAUGAUAUCCCAAUUCUCGGCGGCGGUGACAUGUCUGACAUAUCCAUCCGGCGGAGGCACCAGCAAUGUCCUCGACAUUUAACAACAAUUUGCGCCGUCUCCAGUCUUCAUGUCUCCUAA